UGUAAACAAAAUUGCAUCAUUCACCAAAACAAACUGACAAAUCCACAGUGGCCCUCGUGCCCCCUCUAAAGGACCUAUUUAUACAGAAUAGUGAAGGAAAGUAUAAGCAGUCUUGUGAUGGCUGGGAGGGUCUAGCGUUUUUCUGGGCUGUUGUUUUGAAUGUUCAGGCCUACAGCAGGAGAGGGGGGUAAAACCCGAGUUAAAGAUGGCGGAAAUCGAGGGAGACGAGACCGCUCGGCCCGCUCCUCCGACGCUGUUACCCACAACGUCCAGCGUGAACGGAUCCGGGAUGGUCGACUCGACGGGCGGUUCUGGGAGCCAGACCCCGACCGUGCUGACUUCGGGUCCGCGCGCGGUUCGGAUAGUCAAAUCGGAGUCGGGUUACGGAUUCAACGUACGCGGUCAAGUGAGCGAAGGCGGCCAGCUGCGGAGCAUUAACGGGGAGCUGUACGCUCCUCUUCAGCAUGUCAGCGCCGUGUUACCCGGAGGCGCGGCGGAUCGGGCCGGGAUCGUGAAAGGAGAUAGGAUUCUAGAGGUUAAUGGGGUGAGCGUAGAAGGGGCGACACACAAGCAGGUGGUGGAUCUGAUCAGGGCUGGAGAGAGAGAGCUGGCGUUGACCGUCCUCUCUGUGCCGGCACAGGAAGCAGACGGGCUUGAGCCUGGUGAUGAAGGUUCGGUGACGCCCAAUUACGACUAUGGUGACAAACAGGCUGUGCCCAUUUCAAUCCCCACAUACAAACACUUGGAGCAGCACUCGGAAAAAUUUGUGGUCUAUAAUGUGUAUAUGUCAGGGAGACAGCUGUGCUCAAAGCGUUACCGGGAGUUUGCGAUACUUCAUCAGAACCUCAAGAGAGAGUUUUCCAACUAUAAUUUCCCAAAGCUGCCGGGGAAAUGGCCCUUCUCCAUGUCUGAACAGCAGCUGGAUGUACGCCGGAGGGGACUGGAGGAAUAUCUGGAGAGAGUGUGUUCCGUACGGGUUAUGGGUGAGAGUGAAAUCAUGCAAGAAUUUCUCUCUGAAACAAAUGAGAACUACAACGGUGUGUCGGAUGUGGAGUUACGGAUAGCGCUGCCUGAUAAAACCACAGUCUCAGUGAGGGUCCGGAAGAACAGCACCACUGACCAGGUUUACCAGGCUCUCGUCGUGAAGGUUGGAAUGGACAGCACCUUGGCCAGUUACUUUGCUCUUUUUGAAGUUAUAAACCACUCGUUUGUGCGAAAAUUAGCUCCUAAUGAGUUCCCACACAAGCUGUAUGUUCAGAACUACACCUCAGCAGUGCCCGGGACGUGUCUCACAAUGCGAAAGUGGCUCUUCAGCACACAGGAAGAGGAAGUGAUGCGGGAAAACCCUCUGGCCCUUCAUUACUGCUUUCAUCAGGCACAGGAUGAUGUAAAGAAGGGAUUCAUUAAAGCAGAAGAUAAAGCUUAUCAGUUGCAGAAAUUAGCAGAACAGAGGAAGAUGACAACGUAUCUGAGUCUUCUGCGCUCGUGCGAGGGAUACAACGAGGUCGCAUUCCCUCACUGUGCAUGUGACUCGCGGAGGAAAGGUCACGUGAUCACGGCCAUUGGCAUGAAGCAUUUCAAACUGCACGCUUGCACGGAGGAUGGCACUUUGGAGAAUCAGGUGAUAAUGUUUGAAUGGUCAGAGAUGCAGAGAUGGGACACAGAUGAAGAGGGUAUGGCCUUCUGUUUCGAGUAUGUGCGGGGAGAGAAGAAACCUCGCUGGGUUAAAAUUUUCACUCCUUAUUUUAACUACAUGCACGAGUGCUUUGAAAGGAUUUUCUGUGAGCUUAAAUGGAGGAAAGAGGUUGAAGAAGAGGCCUCGGACAAAGGAAAUAAGAACUGUAGUAAUAAUGAUUAUCUCUCCCCGCUGGAGCAACAGAAGGGUUGGUGCCACCUAGGGGGCGAGAUUGCCACGUCCUAAUGCUUCCUGUCAAAGUGAAAUCGCAUAAAAUGCGCUGAAUCGUCACACCAGAAAGGACCACCAUAACGACACGCUACCACUGCAACACCCUGGUGACGCCAUACCAACCAUGUUUCCACGGAGACAAAAGUGUGCCUUUUCAUAUGCAGAGCAUUCCACAUGGCAAACACGUCACUUUGGCAACACAAAAUGCCAUUAUUAUUAUGGCGAGGUAGACGCAUAACCAAACUGUUUCACAUCGCAUAAAGACCACUCUUGGGUUCUGCCUUCAUUUUGUUCGUAAGUGUAAGUGUACAACGCAUAAAACGACAACUAGAGAUCUUCCGUGCCAUCGGUUUAGGAGACUUAUUUCUGUUGGCUGGGAUGUUUUAAGCAUGGGCUGAAGGAGAGGUGUAUUGGGAAUGGGGAUUGUUAUAUGGGCAGCAUAGUAACACACUUUGUGAUCUGAAUCAGCGACUGCAUCACAGUUAUUAUAGAAAGGAGAAUAUAGGAGAGGGUGAAGCCAUGCCUUAAAAAAUAAAUGCAUUAGUAAAAUGGUGUAGAAAAUCGAGAGAAUUGUCGAUGACCCAGUAUCGAUGACUUGCGUUUACCCCAAAACAUUUACUUGCAUUGAGAAUGAAAUGAGAGUAAGGAAGUCUCUGGGAGCACUGACAUUGGAAAUGUGUGUUGUUGUGUUUGUUUAUUGUGUAAUUCUAAUGAAGGACAUCCCAGACACAAAUCUGUUGCGCUGAUAUUUUAUUUUAGUGUAGAUUGGUGAAGAUGCCAGUAGGAGGCCCCAACAUCCCAUUCAAUCCGAUAGCUGUUUAUUGCACUGCGUGUGUGGAUAUGAAGGAGAUUUAGUUGUAUUCGGUUUAGUUUAUUGUUUGUAAACCCCCCCCACACACACCACACAUGCACAUUUAUUGCAAAGUAGAAGCUUCCACCAUUCCAGCACAAUACAGCGUGAAAUCAGUUAAUUCAAUGCUUAAGUCUGCUUGGCUUCUAAACCCUGAUCAAUGAGUGUGAGAGGUUGUGUGUGUGUGUUCUACAUCAGAUUGCUCUCUGGUUAGAGUACAGGCUCCUAUAACCUUGGCAGUAACGUAGCAAACGUCGUCUUUGGGCCUAAAGCCUAUUUACAGAAUUGGCCAACUUAAUUUUUGUCUUCGGUCCUAAUGAUUUUCCUGUUAAGGUUAUUAGUUUGAUCAAUGUGAAUAAAGAAAAAACCUUGUGUGUAUUAUGGUUGUGUAAUUUGUCCUUUUGUCAGGAGUGCAGGUGCGACACUUUUGUAUCGUUUGUUAGAAAAGUGUGAACCAUGCAAUAUUCACCAGCGCUAUAAAAUAAUAAUUGUUUGGUCAGUGUUCAUUUUGUGUCGAUGUGCCCGGAAAAAAAAGAAUCUGAAUGUACCAGAAUGUAUUUAUGAUAUUAAUAAGACUUUUUGUAAUUAACUUGAAAUGCAGAUUAAGGCCAUUAUAAAAUUUAAGACACUAACCUACGCUUAGCCUCCCAUUGAGUGUUUUUUUUUUCACAUUAUAGGGCCGCCUUGAAAGUAUUAUUAAUGUUUAAGUGUUACCCUGUGCGUUUUGGAAAAUCUGUUUAUUUGCGAUGCAGGGGGCGACAUGCGAAUUUGAAAUUUAUCGGCUAUUUGUCUGUUUAUUCUGUAAAUUUACUGCUUAUAUGUAGUGCUGACACAGUCUUUGUAGCCUUUCUGACUGAAAUGUUAAUUUAUUUUUCUGCUAAAUCAAAGGUAUUGAAACAAGGCCUUUGGGUGUUGGGAGGGACUUUGUAAGCAAACAGAGAUAUAAAGCAUAAGGAGAGAUGAAAGAUGUUGCAUUAUUUCAUGUAGCCUAGCUAAUGGCAAACAUUAACAAUAAUAUUGGGAAACCAUAGUUUUAUAUCUAAAAUGUGUGAAGGUUAAACUAACCAGUUAUGAAAAAACUAAGAAACAUCAUGUAGGUGAAACCUUGUACUAUUUUAAAUAAAAGGAUCUAUU